CAUAGUUGAGGGUGAUGUGAAGUGACGCAACGAGCUGGUAAGACAGGUUUGGAGGGAGAAACCUAAAGAAACAUACACUUUAAACAAGAUGAAAUGUACGGCGACAUAACGGAGCUCCGUAUUCGGUCCGAGGAUGCUGAGUCUGGGUGUAAAUGUGGUAAAGUCGUCGCUGUCUUUACGGAAGCUGUGCAUCCUCUCCCUGCUCAACCUGAGACCUCCGAUCCAUCAUCGCCCCCCGGGGUCACUGAGGGGCGCUCCACACAGCGGCACCGUUCGCUGCCUCUCUACUGAACCAGAUUGUCCUGCUCCUCCUCCUCUAACUGACUCCUCUGAGUGCACUGAACCAGAACCCAACCACAGUACCCCUUCCUGGUCUCCAGACCAGGGUCCCCCGCCCGCUCCCACCCACUGCUGCAUGAGCGGCUGUCAUAACUGUGUGUGGAUCGAACACGCGGAGCAGCUGCUGGCGUACUACCACGACGGAGGCGACCGGGCGCUCGCCGCUAUUGAGGAGAACGUCCUCGACGAGAACCUUAAAACCUACCUAAAGAUGGAGAUCAGGCUCCUGAAAAAGACGUGACUGAUGGACUGACUGAGUGUUAGCACUUUCUGACUCUGGUUUUACCUCCACGUUUCCCCGUCCUCCUCCUGACGGACGCACAGUUCACAGAACAGACAAACUACCAGCUCAGCAGGUGAAAAGGUAGCUGAUGCCUUUAGGACUCCUUCAGGGCUUUUAGUUCGUUGUUCACCUUUCUGUGGAAGACACCGCGGUCACGUAGCAGAUUUUAUAUUGGGUCAGAAACAACCGAGUCUCUAGAAUUUGUCUAACAGUUUCAGAGGCUGCAAGUUUCCUGAAUCUCAUCGACUCUCCAGUUAGCAGACUGUGUCUUCUUCUUCGUCACCCUUUGUAUUCCUUCAGGUUCUCGCCUGUUUGUGAGAGAAUCGUCGUCAACGUGCCCUUCGUUAUUCACACAUGGGUUCAAUCGGACAUUUCACGGACUUUGCACGAGGGAGCUGGCACGGCAAGGUCCGUUAAUGUUCCGACUGACUCGUACAGUUCCUCCGGGCAACGUCCAGAAAAAGUAGGGCUGUGUUUUAUUAAGAACCUCACGAUUCGAUUCGAUUCGAUUCGAUAUCGAUUUGAUUUGAUAUUGAUUUAAAUGCUUCGAUAUCGAUUCAGUAAUAAGUAGAAUUACACAAAUAAUUCAUUAGAGUACCUGUUGAUAAUUUUAAAAUAAUUAAUAAACCUCUGUGUACAGCUUUUGAAUCCACAGGUGUAUCCGCGGGUUGCUGCAGAGCUUCUGCAUGGUGUCGGCUUAAUUGAAACAUUUUAGUAGUGCCUGGCACAGCUUACACACUCCCUUACUUUUGUCUGUCUGCUGUGUUCCGAGUUUACACUGGAAUAUAAAAUGACUCCAAACGUCUGCUUUUAAAGUUGAAGGCGCUGCUUUAACACUGCUGCUACCUGCUUCGGUUGCCAUGUACAACGCAAAUCACACGCUGGUGUUGCUCACCGCGCCCCCACUGGCCAGGGGCUUGAAUCGAUUCAGAGGAUUUAAUGAAUCGAUAUUGAAUUGGUAAAAACUAUAUUGCAAUGCAUUGAUGAGUCGAUAUUUUUACCCACGCCUAAGAGAAAGGUCCCCCGUCCUGCCUGAGAGACAGAAAAUGUUGCUGUAGCUGAUGAUAAAGCAGUUUAAUUCCAGUUUAUAGCAUUUUGUAUAAUUUGAUAGCUUUGUCCAUCAUUUCUAUCACUUAUGCUGACAUUGUAGUCACCAAAGUCAUUUCUGAGACUUUAUUUGGAGGUAAAACCUGAAAUGUUGGUAAUAGUCCCUGUUUGCACUGGAAACUGUUUUGUCUUUACCUGUUAGAUUUCUGUGUUGUGAUGUCUGAUACGCACAAUAAACAAAGUCACAAUGUACAUUGACGGGAAUGAUCCCAAACAUUACAGAAAUCAGAUCUAGGUCAUUUCAAACGAAGGCUGCAUGAUACAGUAAAACAAAAAAAUAGAUUGUGAUUACUUUGAUAGAUUUUAUUGUUGUGAGAUGAUUCAUGAUUAGUGGGAUUGAUCACUUUUGCAUCACAGUUUCUUUUUGACUGAAAAACCUUUUAACAUCCUGAUGUGACAUUCGAAAGUGUUUACAUCAACAGUACUUCAUUAUAAUGCUGUUUAUCACACAACUUCAUCUAAAGAUCGCAGCUUCUGUGAUCUGGAUAUUGCACUUUCAGUAAUAUUGUGAUAAACUGUGCAGCCCUGUUUGAAACUGUAAUUGUUCUUUCAGUAACUUGAAACAUUACCAACAACCUGUUCCACUCCAGGAAAGCCGAUUGGUAGUGUGUAAGGGGCUUGAAGUGGUGGGUUUGUGAAAGUGUGUGUGAUUGCAUGAGGAAAAAAAACUUUGGGCCACAGCAGAAAAUCUUUACUCUCUGAUUCUUUGUCAUGUUUUGGUCAUGAAACUCAUUUGCACAUUUGUUUGUUUGAAGUUGGAACUGAAGUGUUAAAAGUAUAUUUUUAUGUGUUCACUGAUCAUUUGCUUCUUUAUAUUUAAAUAAUGUAUUUGUAUUUAAAUAAAUGUUCUUCAACGACAUGAACAAA